AUGGUGUCUUCAAAUCCCAAUGACGACAACCUUCCCGCUAUAGAUCCUGCCGAACCCUUCAAGGGCCUCGUUGUCUGCUGCACCAGCAUAUCCUCCGAGCACCGUAUCCAAAUUGCUCAGCAAGUUGUUGACCUCGGAGGCGUUCACAAACUCGACCUCACUCCCGAUGUGACGCAUCUCAUCGUCGGCGAGUACGACACGCCCAAAUACCGCCAUGUCGCCCGUCACCGCCAAGAUAUCAAGGCAAUGGAUGCCGCCUGGGUCCAUUCAGUCUCGGACUUGUGGAAGAAUGACGAGGUGAUCGACUUCUAUGGACUCGAGGAAAAGUACCGACUCAAAACGUUCGAGUCCAGAGGGGCGAAGCAGUUGACCCGACCACAUGAGCCCCUCGAUCGGGAAUCGCUCCGUAUAUGUCUGUCUGGAUUUGGAGAACAAAACGACGAGAUCGCAGCCCAGAUCACCGCCAAUGGGGGGUUCUACAUGGAUCACUUGUCCGUUCAGUCAUCACAUCUCGUUGUAAAGAAGCCCAAAGGCAAAAAGUUUGUGGCAGCACAGACAUGGGGUGUGAAAAUCGUGACCCUUGAAUGGGUCACCCAGAGUAUUGGGCGGGGCAUGAUUCUCGACGAGGACAAGUUUGAUCCAAUGUUGCCGCCGGAACAACAGGGCGUUGGAGCGAUAGCCAUAAAGCACCCGCCUCGCCAGGCACUUGGCAAGAGGCCGAGUGUUGGGUCAAAUGGGGUGGAUGAAGGCGCGAGGAAGCUCAGAAGAAUUGCAAGCGUGAAGCUCAACAACCAACGAGACAAACUUUGGGGUGAUAUUUUGGCUGGGGGCCCCUCACCGGAUUCCCUUGAACCUCGCGAAGGCCAGCCAGAAGUACAACCGCAGAAAGCCGAAUCCAAGAAGCCAGAGCAACCAGAACAGCCCUCUGUACCGGAGAAAGUCCCUGUGCCAGAGAAAGAGGGGAUUUUCUCACGAUGUGUUUUCUUUAUCCAUGGUUUCAGGGAACAAAGAAUCGCAGUUCUCUCUCAAACAAUCACGUCGGGUGGUGGUCAUCUAGUCAACUCACUUGAAGAGGCCGCUGAUCAGUCCAAAUAUGGUUCACCGUGGCAUCAAUUCCUAAUCGUUCCCCAGGAUACGCAGCCCGAAACCCACCCGCAAGCUCCUCACGAUGGACUCAAUGUUGUCACUGAAUUUUACAUCGAGCGGUGCCUUCAGAGCCGCCGAUUCUUACCUCCGGAUAGCCACCAAGCUUUUGGCAGACCAUUCCCAGUGUUUCCCAUACCCGGGUUCUCAGACUUGACGAUAUGCAGCGCUGCAUUUACCGAUAUUGAGCUGAGUCAGGUUGCACGAAGUGUUGUGCAGCUGGGUGCCAAAUUUGAAGAGAGGUUCUGCAAAACCACCAGCGUCGUGGUCUGUAAAUCACUGGCAGCCAUGCGCAAGGAGAAGUUGAAAUGUGCUCUGAGCUGGGGGGUUCCAAUCGUGUCUGCGGACUGGCUAUGGGGAUGUAUCUCUACCGGGUUUAAAGCGCCCUUUGACGACUUUUUGUUCCCAGAACUCAAAGCCAAGCCUCUAGCUGAGCAGGCGAAGGAAUCGCAAGCCAGCAGCCGGCCUCAGUUAAGAACUCGAUCUGACCCUGGGGCCCAAGCCGCCACAGGCACAAAGAACAACAGAAAGCGCCUCGAUUUCUCCGGGUUUGAGCGUGACUCGAGUGAGAGCCCCCCAGCGAAGCCCGUACAGAGGAAACCCAUUGUUCGAGCCGACACAACUACCUCAGCAGAUUUCUUCACGGCACCAAACGCAGCCUCGACUGAUACUGUUCCCGACCCUCCUCUUCGAGAACUCUCCUCUGGUGCAUUAAACCACAAGCCCCAAACGGCCCCCAGAUUAACGACCGCAUUAUCCCGUACAGCCUCCGACCCUUCCCACGACAAACCCCUCCACACGCCACAACAACCUCCGCCGCUGAGCAAAUCAUCCUCGUCCAUUGCGCCCCUGGGUAAGGCAACUCCCCUCACCCCUGCCGAGGAGGCAGCCCGUCUAGCCAAAGCAGCCGAGCGCCAAGCCCUCACCUCGAAAAUCACCACCCUCCUCGACACCCCCGACACGCACACCGCCAACAACACCACCAACGGCGAACGCGACACCACGGGGCCCCGUCCGCGCAAGCGCCAGAUCCUCGGCCGCGCGAUGAGCAACGCGUCGAGCGUCGCAGCGGGCGACAACGCCUCGGCGCCGCAGUCCGCCGCCGGCGGCUUCCGGGACGACGGGGCAGACGAGGAGGAGCAGGCCAAGCCUCCGUCCACCCAGAUCGGAUAUGCCGAUCCCGAGGCCCAAACCCACAAGGCAGAGCUCAUGAGCCGCCUGCUCGGGAUCGACGCCGCCGAAGUCCCCGGCGCGGCCGCUGCGAAGCCGCCCGCCAGCAGCAGGGUGUCGGUAACCACAGCACGGACGUUGAGACGAAGAUGA